CUUGUCUGCGGGAAGAAGGCUGGAGGUUCUCACGUCUCUUCGCUCCAGUCCCGCCGGCCCGGGUGGAGGCAGCUCGGACAACUGGCUGGACCAGAGAGAACCCACCGGGCAUUCCAUAUUCUUCAUUAUUCAUUCCAUGAUCUAAAGCACCGUCCAUGUCCAAGUCAGGCCAGAUGCCACUGUCCAACAUCAGCGUGCCAAAGCCCUCCAUUUCCCGCGUGCCCAGCAGCAUGGAGGGCAUCAACCACGAGCUGGAAAAGGUCUUCAUCAAAGACAACGCAGACAAGGAGGAGCUGAAGUCGCUGGAGGUUCCUGAUGGCCGCAGAGCUCCUUUCCCUCCCCAGCAGCGCAGCAGCAGCCAGCGCAGCGCCGACACCCAGACUCCCUCAGGUCCUGGACGCUCCAGCAGCUGUUCCAGCUUGUCACCCUGCCCCUCACCUGCCUGCCCACCUGGGUCACAUGACAGCAGUCCUUACUCCACCGAGGACCUACUCUACGAUCCUGAUAAAGACGGUGAAAGCAGUUCACCGCUCCCCAAAUUCGCCUCCUCACCAAAACCCAACAACAGUUACAUGUUCAAGCGAGAGCCGCCCGAAGGUUGCGAGAAGAUCAAAGCUUUCGAGGAGAUGAGCUCCCGACAGUCCAGCUCAGCAUCAGCGCUCCUCUUCUCCUGCCCUGACAAAAACAAGGUCAACUUCAUCUCGACCGGCUCAGCAUUCUGUCCCGUCAGACUCCCAGCAUCCCUGCAUGUAACGCCCAGCGUGCCAUCCCAGGAACAUGAGGACGGCACAACAUCAUCAACAUCGCACGCUUUUACCACUCAAGUCUCCACCAGCACCAGCACAGAAGAAGACUCCAUCAGCUAGACCUUCUACACCUUCAAGUGUGACCACUGACCAUCCAAACUCCUUCACUUGUGACCACAGACUCUCCAAAUUCCUUUACGUGUGACCAAUGACUGUCCAAACUCCUUCAAGUGGGAUCAGAGACUCUCCGAACUCCUUCAGAUGUGACCACUGACUCUCCAAACACCUCCAAGUGUGACCACUGACUCUCCAAUUACCUUCAAGUACGACCACAGAAUUUCCAAACACCCUCAAGUGUGACCACUGACUCUCCAAACAAUCAAAACUCCUUCAAGUACGACCACAGACUCUACAAACUCCUUAAAAUGCGACCACUGACUCUCCAAACUCCUUCAAGUGCGAUCACUGACUCCCCAAACACCUUGAAUUACGACCACUGACAUCCAAAAACACCUUCAAUUGCGACCACUGACUCUCCAAACUCCUUCAGAUGUGACCACUGACUCUCCAAACUCAUUCAGAUGUGACCACUGACUCUCCAAACACCUCCAAGUGUGACCACUGACUCUCCAAUUACCUUCAAGUACGACCACAGAAUUUCCAAACACCCUCAAGUGUGACCACUGACUCUCCAAACAAUCAAAACUCCUUCAAGUACGACCACAGACUCUACAAACUCCUUAAAAUGCGACCACUGACUCUCCAAACUCCUUCAAGUGCGAUCACUGACUCCCCAAACACCUUGAAGUACGACCACUGACAUCCAAAAACACCUUCAAUUGCGACCACUGACUCUCCAAACUCCUUCAAGUGCGACCGCUGACAUCCAAACACAAACAAGGUGUUUGGAGAGUCCUUCACAACUGAAGGAUUUUCGAGAGUCAGUCGUCACACUUCAAGGUGUUUGGAAAUUCUGUGGUCACACUUGAAGAUGUUUGGAUGUCAAUGGUUUCACUUGAAGGAGUUUGGAGAGUCAGUGGUCGCAUUUGAAGAUGUUUGGAAAUUCUGUGGUCACACUUGAAGAUGUUCUGAAAGUCACACUUAAUGGGGUUUGGAGAGUCAGUGGUCAAAUUGAAGGAGUUUCGAGAGUCAGUGAUCGUACUUCAAGGUGUUCAGAGAGUCAGCGGUCACACUUGAAGGAGUCCUUCAAGUGCGACCGUGGUCAGUGGUCAAAGUUGAAGGAGUUUGGAGAGUCAGUGGUCGCACUUGAAGAUUUUUGGAAAUUCUGUGGUCACACUUAAAGAUGUUCGACCACAGAAUUUUCAAACACCUUCAAAUACGACCACUGACGACUGACUCUCCAAACUCCUUCAAGUAGGACCACUGACUCUCCAAACUCCUUCAAGUACGACCACUGACUCUCCCAAGUCCUUCAAGUGUGACCACUGACUCUCCAAACUCCUUCAAGUGUGACCACUGACUCUCCCAAGUCCUUCAAGUGUGACCACUGACUCUCCAAACACCUUCAAUUGUGACCAAAGUAUUUCCAAACUCCUUCAAGUACGACCACUGACUCUUUAAACUCUUUCAAGUGUGACCACUGACUCUCCAAACUCCUUCAAGUACGACCACUGACUCUCCAAACACCUUCAAUGAUGACCAAAGUAUUUCCAAACUCCUUCAAGUACGACCACUGACUCUUUAAACUCCUUCAAGUGUGACCACUGACUCUCCAAACUCCUUCAAGUACGACCACUGACUCUCCAAACACCUUCAAUUGUGACCAAAGUAUUUCCAAACUCCUUCAAGUACGACCACUGACUCUUUAAACACCUUCAAUUGUGACUAAAGUAUUUCCAAACUCCUUCAAGUACGACCACUGACUCUUUAAACUCCUUCAAGUGUGACCACUGACUCUCCAAACUCCUUCAAGUACGACCACUGACUCUCCAAACACCUUCAAUUGUGACCAAAGUAUUUCCAAACUCCUUCAAGUACGACCACUGACUCUUUAAACACCUUCAAUUGUGACCAAAGUAUUUCCAAACUCCUUUAAGUACGACCACUGACUCUUUAAACUCCUUCAAGUGUGACCACUGACUCUCCAAACUCCUUCAAGUAUGACCACUGACUCUCCAAACACCUUCAAUUGUGACCAAAGUAUUUCCAAACUCCUUCAAGUACGACCACUGACUCUUUAAACACCUUCAAUUGUGACCAAAGUAUUUCCAAACUCCUUUAAGUACGACCACUGACUCUUUAAACUCCUUCAAGUGUGACCACUGACUCUCCAAACUCCUUCAAGUAUGACCACUGACUCUCCAAACACCUUCAAUUGUGACCAAAGUAUUUCCAAACUCCUUCAAGUACGACCGCUGACUCUUUAAACUCCUUCAAUUGUGACCAAAUUAUUUCCAAACUCCUUCUAGUACGACCACUGACUCUUUAAACUCCUUCAAGUGUGACCACUGACUCUCCAAACUCCUUCAAGUACGACCACUGACUCUCCAAACUCCUUCAAGUAUGACCAUUGACUCUCCAAACUCCUUCAAGGGCGACCACUGACUCUCCAAACUCCUUCAAGUGCGACCACUGACUCUCCAAACUCCUUCAAGUGUGACCACAGAAAUUUCAAACUCCUUCAAGUGUGACCAAAUCAUUUCCAAACUCCUUCAAGUGUGACCAAAGAAAUUCCAAACUCCUUCAAGUGUGACCACUGACUCUCCCAAGUCCUUCAAGUGUGACCACUGACUCUUUAAACACCUUUAAGUGUGAUCACUGACUCUCCAAACUCCUUCAAGUACGACCACUGACUCUCCAAACACCUUCAAUUGUGACCAAAAGUAUUUCCAAACUCCUUCAAGUACGACCACUGACUCUCCAAACUCCUUCAAGUACGACCACUAACUCUCCCAACUCCUUCAAGUACAAUCACUGACUCUCCAAACUCCUUCAAGUGUGACCACUGACUCUCCCAAGUCCUUAAAGUGUGAGCACUGACUCUACAAACACCUUCAAUUGUGACCAAAGUAUUUCCAAAUUCCUUCAAGUAUGACCACUGACUCUCCCAAGUCCUUCAAGUACGGCCACUGACUCUCCAAACUCCUUCACGUACGACCACUGACUCUCCAAACUUCUUCAAGUACGACCACUGACUCUCCUAACUCCUUCAAGUGUGACCACAGAAAUUCCAAACUUCUUCAAGUGUGACCACAAAAAUUCCCAACUCCUUCAAGUGUGACCACAGAAAUUCCAAACACCUUUAAGUGUGACCACUGACUCUCUAAACUCCUUCAAGUACAACCACUGACUCUCUAAACUCCUUCAAGUGUAACCACAGAAUCUCUCAAGCCCUCCUUACUUCUGCAUGAUGUGGAACUUAAGCAAGUAGAGUCAAGCUGGCCAUGAGGAGGUAACUACAGAAGGGAUAUUAGUCUAUUUAUGUUCUUGUUUUGUUAUGUUGCAAAUAUUUACACAUGAAUGAGCUGUACAAUCAAUCAUACAAUCGUCAUUGAUCCGUUGAACGCUGCAACAUCAGGGUUAGCUUUGCAAUUGAUGAAUUUAACAAGUUCUUCGUGCUUGGAUAUACUUGAUGGUGCACCCCAGGGGUCAAUGCUGGGACCAAAGUGGUUGAUGUAAAACACUUCCAAGUUAGUAGUAUUUUGCUUUUCGUCGAGGGGACAAAACCAAUCCCAGUGGUAAAUAUAUGCAUAUACUGUAAAUAUAUAUCUAUAUACUGUAUCUCUAUGAGAAGAAAGAAAAGCCCUUGUUUGAAGAAGAAAAGUAUUGCUGAGUAAGCAGCUGAAUUUGUUUACAGGAAGAUAUACCCAGUACUAGUGUGUACUUUUAUCAAAUCAUACGUCUGAUUGUCAUCUGCGUGUCUUACACCUUCUCCUGUGCAAAUUAGAUCAAUCACAACAUUAAAACCUACUCCUAAAGUA